UUUCAUUGAAGCAAUUAUGAAUUUUUGGGUACGUAAGAAAUAAAAAGCCGUGUGCAACAUUUUUUUAAAACUUAAGUGAAAACCGCAAAAUUUUUGACUGGGUUCCCUAAAAAAACGCACUUAACCGCAAAAUAGUUGCACACGCAUUUUCUACUGUUGAAGUUAUCUAUUUCUCGAUAGUUUUAUGUACAUUACCCUCUAUGGUUUACAUUUGUAUAAAUAACCCAAGGGUCUCCUUUCAAUCUAUCAGUUUCAACUUCUUACUCAGUGAGUUAGUAUUGAAGUAUUGUCACAGUGUGAAGGAAAAUUAAUAAGCAAUUCCUCUAAAAAUGGCAGAUAAAAAUAAUCUAUUGUUGCUCUUCGAUCGUCCCAAUGAACCAGUGUUUAUGAACAAGGGAAAAACUGCAACGCAGUUCGAUUUGCCUGAUAAGUUUCUAACUGAUCGUUAUCGUCCAAUUGGAAGUGUAGUGCAAAGUCGUUUUGGAGAGACAGCAGAGCAACGUAUUCCUGUGCGUGAAAUUUCAAUUCCUGAUUUGCGUAUCCCAAUGUCGUUGGGUCGUAAUGAGCAAUUUUCACUUUUUGUUCCUGGACAUCGUCGUAUUGCGGCACGUUUGAUUGACAUAUUUGUUGGUAUGCGUUCCAUAGAUGACUUGCAAAGUGUUGCCGUUUAUGCUCGUGAUCGUAUUAAUCCUUUUCUGUUCAAUUAUGCACUGUCAGUGGCAUUGUUACAUCGCCCCGAUACCAAGGGUCUUGACUUGCCUUCAUUUGCACAGAACUUUCCUGAAAAAUUUGUAGAUUCACAAAUUUUUAGGCAAGCACGUGAAGAAGCUGUGGUAGUUCCUGAGGGUUCACGUAUGCCAAUUAUUAUUCCUCGUGAUUACACUGCCUCCGAUCUGGAACCAGAACAUCGUCUUUGGUACUUCCGUGAGGAUAUGGGUAUAAAUCUCCAUCAUUGGCAUUGGCAUUUAGUUUAUCCUUUCGAGGCUGGUGAUCGCGCAAUUGUGGAUAAGGAUCGUCGUGGGGAACUUUUCUAUUAUAUGCAUCAACAAGUCGUUGCACGUUACAAUUUAGAGCGAUUUAGUAACAAUUUGGCACGUGUAGUACGUUUUAAUAAUUUGAGGGAACCAAUUGCUGAAGGAUAUUUCCCCAAAAUGGACUCACUUGUAUCAAGUCGCGCUUGGCCACCACGUUUCAAUAAUACUUCAUUAUCUGACUUAAAUCGUGAGUUAGACCAAAUUAAUGUAGAUGUGUCUGAUUUAGAGCGCUGGAGAGAUCGUCUUUUCGAAGCCAUACAUCAAGGCUUUGUAGUCGAUGAAAGUGGUAAUCGUAUACAACUUGAUGAAACUAGAGGCAUUGAUUUACUUGGAAACAUGAUAGAAUCAUCUAUUGUAUCGCCUAACCGUUCACUAUAUGGAGAUUUCCACAAUUUGGGCCACGUUUUCAUAUCAUACGCACACGAUCCUGACCACAGACAUUUGGAAUCUUUUGGAGUAAUGGGUGACUCUGCAACAGCUAUGCGUGAUCCAGUAUUCUAUAGAUGGCAUGCAUACAUUGAUGAUAUUUUCCAAGAGCACAAAACCCGGUUAAAUCCAUAUACAGUGCCACAACUUGAAUAUCAAGGUAUUUCCGUCGCUGGUGUGCAAUUAACUACAGAUGGAGGACAGCCUAACAUCUUGACAACAUUCUGGCAGCAAUCUGAUGUUGAUCUGUCACGUGGUAUGGACUUUGUGCCACGCGGGAAUGUAUUUGCACGUUUUACUCAUUUACAGCAUACACCAUUUUUGUACACUAUUAACGUUAAUAAUGACAGUGGAGCUCAACGUUUUGGCACUGUUCGUAUAUUCUUGGGUCCUAAAACAGAUGAACGUGGCCAGGCAAUGUUACUCAGAGAUCAAAGAUUGCUUAUGAUUGAAUUAGAUAAAUUUAUUGUAUCUUUGAACCCCGGGCAAAACACAAUACGUCGUCGUUCAACGGAGUCCAGUGUAACUAUACCAUUUGAGCGUACUUUCCGCAAUUUAGAUGGAAGUCGUCCUGCGGCAGGCUCACCUGAAGAAUUGGAAUUCAAUUUCUGCGGUUGUGGCUGGCCACAGCAUAUGUUGAUUCCCAAAGGUUUACCAGAGGGUAUGCCCUGUGAAAUAUUUGUUAUGGUGUCGAAUUAUGAAGAUGAUAGAGUUGAUCAAGAAUUGGUUGGCAGCUGUAGCGAUGCUGCUUCUUAUUGUGGUGUUCGUGAUCGUCGUUAUCCAGAUCGUCGUUCCAUGGGUUAUCCUUUCGAUCGUUUACCACGUACUGGCGCAGAUCGAUUGGUCAAUUUCCUUACUCCCAACAUGAGUCUUCUUGACGUGGUUAUUCGUCACGACAAUCGAACUGUUAGUCGCCCAGCAGCUUAACUAUUCGAAACUGUUUUGUUCUUCCAAAAUUGAUGACAUCAGGCCAGGAAAUUGUUGUAGCGAUUAUUUUUCAAAUUUCAUUAAUUAAUUUUUUAUA